UGCUCGAAAACACAUACCACCGCAUAAGGAAAUCAAUGGCUGCUCAAAAUAAGCUCUUCCAUAUCAUCAUCUUCGCCCUGGUCUUGCUCGUUGCUUUCCCGGUCGAGCAGGCCAAUGCUCAGGGCUUGAGAGUUGGCUUUUACAAGAAGACAUGCCCAGUUGCUGAGAAAAUCAUAAGGACGACUACUGCUCGUUACAUCUCUCGUGUGCCCUCUCUUGCCGCUCCUAUUCUCAGGAUGUUCUUCCACGACUGCUUCAUCAGGGGAUGUGACGCUUCGUUGCUGUUGAACACAACAAACAGCAGAAGACCCGCCGAGAAGGACACACCUCCAAACCAACAGCUGAGAGGAUGGCAGGUCAUUGAUGCCGCCAAGGCUGCAGUCGAGAAGAGGUGUCCCGGUGUCGUAUCUUGUGCCGAUAUUCUGGCAUUGGUGACUCGUGAUGCAGUUUCCCUGAUCAAAGGACCAUUUUGGCAAGUGCAAACUGGGAGAAGAGAUGGAAGAGUUUCGAAUGCAAAUGAUGUCAGGGGUCUGCCGGCUCCUACAGAUAACAUUACUUCCCUUAAAAGACAGUUCGCUGCCAAAGGCCUCAGUGUCAAGGACCUCGUAGUUCUCUCGGGAGGACACACGAUUGGAAACUCCCACUGCUCGUCAUUUACGACCCGCAUCUACAACUUCACGGGAAAGGGGGAUGCGGACCCGUCAAUGGACAAGAACUAUGUCAGACAGCUGAAGGCCAAGUGCAAACCGAGGGACACGACCACCAUUGUGCAGAUGGACCCCGGCAGCUCCAAGGAAUUUGAUGCUGGCUACUACAACAUGGUCCUCAAGCGCCGCGGCCUCUUCGAAUCAGACUCCGCCCUCCUGAGAGACUCCUCCACUCAGGCCUACGUCCAGCAGCAGGCCCGCACCCGCAGCUCCACCUUCUUCAAGGACUUCUCCACCUCCAUGAUCAAGCUCGGCAACGUGGGCGUGCUCACUGGCAGGGCCGGUGACAUAAGGAAGAAGUGUGCAUUUGUGAACUGAUUGAUCGACCGGAAGAAGUGUGCCGGCUGUCUCUUCAUGCUAUGAUUGAUUGAAUUUUUUAAAAAUUGUAAUAAUUCCGGCCUUCGGGAUUUCAUAUUUUGAUUUGUUUGUAGUUCUUCCUAUGUGCUGUUCUUGGAAAAUAUUAUUUCCUCCGAAAAAGGAAUCCUCCGAUUCUGCGAAUGAGAAACAAUAAAAAAAGAUGCCCUCUAAUUCACAGAAAAAAA